AUGUCCUUCUUCGAAUUGCCAAGCAUUGGAGCCGCCUCGGCGGUGUACUUGGCUGUCUUUGGUGUAUUUUUCAUUUUUGCAACCGUCAUAUUCCUCCAUAGAGGCCCCAAAACGUUGUUCACCUAUUUGUUGAUUUAUUCCAUGAUCCGCUUCGGAAGUCAGGCCUCUGGUUUGGCCUUUGCUCAUACUCCCUCCCUGAUUAAUUUGCUUAUUGCCUAUGUUGUUCUCAGUACGCCUGGCUUCUUAGUCUUGAUCUUCGCAUCCUUCCACGCAACUCUUCAUGAGCAAAGAUUAAAAUUUGGCGUAUCUUGGUUCGACACUCGUGAGAUCAUCAAAGGCGCCCGGUUCAAGUUCCUCAACUCUCCCUUUGCUCUUACUCGUUUGAUCUUGAUUGCAGGCUCCAUCAUCGCCAUAAUUGGUGGCCUGGUGAUUUCUAAUGCCAGGGCAGAUGAUUCCAACUACAGCAGCGAGCUACAAUUAUCCAAAAGUCUUCGUGUUGCGGGCUCCACUAUGCUCUUGGUCGGCACCCUAAUUCUGAUCUUGUUAGCGAUAAUUGCACUCACUAAAGAAACUAUCAGAACUGUUCCUAUGAAGCUCAUUGUUCUCUGUGCGCCCUUUUUGUUGGUUCGUUGUGUCUACAACUUCCUUGCCAUCUACGUCACCGAGAUGAAUUACUUCAAUUUCGAAAAUUACCUGGGCUCAGAAAGCAAAACUCUUAUUCUCUCGGAGAACAUCAUGUCUACUGCUAUGGAGUGCGUUAUUUGGUUGCUUUUGGCAUUUUCGUUUUUGACUACUGUGCACCACAAGACCUCUCAUUCAAAAAAGUCAAAUGAGGAGACAUCGUCAGGUGAGCCCUAA